UAAUUUAGUCCUCCAGAGCAACAGGUGGCGCCAUUUCUCUUUCUUCCCCAUCGACUCCGACCCGUUUUGUGUCGGUAACAACAUACCUGGAAACACAUUAAAAAGGGAUCAAAGUGUUGCAGAAGUUUGACCCUGAAAAUUUGAUCAGCAGUUCUGAGAUGGAGCUGCAGCUUCCUCCUCAUGAGGGAAUCAAGCUCUCUGUGGUCGACAUGCACACAGGAGGAGAACCUCUCCGCAUCAUCGUCGCUGGCUACCCAGAGGUCAUGGGUGACUGUGUGCUCUCCAAGCGCAGGUAUGCCCGGGAGCACCUGGACCACCUCAGGAGGGUGCUGAUGCACGAGCCCCGGGGUCACUACGACAUGUACGGAGCCCUGAUUGUGGACAGCGAGAUGCCCGAGGCCGACCUGGGUGUGCUGUUUAUGCACAAUGAGGGCUACAGCACAAUGUGCGGGCAUGCCGUCAUCGCCCUGGGACGCUUUGCCGUGGACUACAAGCUGGUAAAGGAGCCGCGGUCACCGGAGACGCAGGUGAACAUCCACUGCCCCUGUGGGCUAGUGAAGGCUUUUGUGGAGUACUCUGCUGGUAAAACAGGAGCAGUGAGGUUUCUGAGUGUGCCAGCGUUUGCCUUUGCAACAGAUGUGACGGUAACGGUGGAGGGGUUUGGUGAGGUGACGGUGGACAUCAGCUAUGGGGGAGCUUUUUACGCCUUUGUUGAUGCACAGAGGUUUGGUCUGGAUGUGAAGCAGUCCAAGACUCGGGAUCUUGUAGACGCAGCAACGGCGGUGACCAAGGCCGUUAAAUCCCAGGUGAAGCUGCACCAUCCAGUCAGUGAUGAUCUGGCUUUCCUUUAUGGCACCAUCCUCACAGAUGGCAGAGAUGAGUUCUCACCUGAGCCCACUGCCAACAUCUGUGUGUUCGCUGAAGCUCAGGUGGACCGAAGUCCCACCGGAUCAGGUGUUACAGCUCGAGUUGCUCUUCAACAUCACAAAGGUCUCAUCCAGCUGAACCAGACCAGGACGUUUCAGAGCGGAGCCACCGGAUCCCAGUUUACGGGCAAAGCUGUGGAGGAGACCAGGUGCGGAGACUUCAGGGCGGUUGUGGUGGAAGUAGCUGGCCGAGCUUUUUACACUGGGGUUUCACGCUUCGUCCAGGAGCCUGAAGACCAGCUGGCCCAUGGGUUUCUGUUGAAGUGAGGAACGUCGUCGACAGAGGGAAUUUCACUUCAUGCGUGGUGACGCGUUUGGAAUAUUACAGUGCUUUUGUGGCUUAAAAUGCUCCAAGAAGACAUUUGGAACCAUGUUUUGAUUUUUUUUUGUGACAAUUGUACCAAUUGUUUAAAUUUGCUCAAAUAAAGUGAAGAAAAUGCA